GGGCAUCCGCAUACACAAGAGUAGUCUCGUCUCGAGCGCACGCACCACACCAUCCUGCUGCACGCGUUUAGUAGGAGGAUUCGAAGGCAGGACCGAAGCAAAGUGAGAGAGGGUGCAGUCUGGCGCCUGCCGACUGUGCAUCUAGCAGGUCUCACACACAAGUAGCUUAUCCUUCAAGACAGAGAGACAGAGAAAAAAAAUCGGGAAGGCCGCUCAGUCACACAUACACAGAGAGAUCGUUUUGGGGGUUUCGGUAACCGCGCAUGAGCUUUAGCGGGAUUAAACAGACCACGAACGGAACAGAGGAGGCUGGAUAUUACUAGGAACGCUCGCUGACGCUAAUUGAACCGGGAUAUUUAACACUGAAGGCAAGGAAAACCAAAUUCGUUCUUCGAAGACCGGGCGGAGGAGGCUCGUGGCUACUACAGCAUCAUGAGGCUCCUGUGCUGGAUGGCGCUAGCUCUCCUCCACGGGCAUGCCGCAUCGGCCCAGAAGCGAGGUCCUUCGGUCGAUGACGAGGGGUCAGCAGACGAGUUCUAUGAUGACGAAGAUCUCUUCUCAGGCUCUGGCUCAGGCUUCGACCCAGAUGUGGAGGUGAGCCCCACGCGGCUGGACGUGUCCUUCACCACGCCGGAGCCUCCCCCGCUCUCCACCACCCAGGCCACGGGCGUCGCCCCCUCCGCGCCUCCCGCCCCCGAGCCCAGCGCCACCACCUCCGCCCCGGGCACCAUAGGAGGAGGAGACCCGGUGGCCAGCGGAGGUGCCGGCCCCGAGGAGAACACCACGGAGGAAGGGGAGGUGGUGGUGGCCGGAGCCGUGGAGGAGGACGAGGAGGCCAAGAGGAAAGAGGAGGAGGAGAAGAGGAUACGAGAGCAGGAGCUGCUGGCGGAGAGAGAGCGAGAGAAGGAGAAAGAGAAGGAGAGGGAGAGGGAACGAGAGCGGGAGAGGGAGAGAGAACGGGAACGAGAGCGGGAGAGAGAAAGAGAAAGAGAGAGGGAACGCGAGCUGGAAAGGGAACGCGAGCGCGAGAGGAUUAAAGAGAGGGAGCGCGAGAGGGAGCGCGAGCUGGAGAGGGAGAGGGCGAGGAUCGCGGCGGAGAAGGAGAGGGCGGACCGGGAAAGGACAACGGUGUCCCCGUGGGCCGCCUCCAUCCCCAUGGUGACCACCAGCCCGGCGCCCCCUCCCCCCAUGCCCGACGGCGACUCGCUGGCGCCCUCCGGAGGCCCCGAGGAGUUCAGCACAGCCGAGGAGGCGGAGGAGGAGAUCUUCCUGUCGACCGACGAGCCCCGCCAGCCCUUCCCCACAAUCCCCUGGGACCGGGACACCACCACCGAGCCGCCGCCCACGCCCGCCGAUGACGACGACGUGGCCGUGACGGACACACCCCCCUCUAUCGACACGGACACGUUCCCGCCGGACGCGGAGGACCCUGCGUGGGGGGAGGAGGAGGAAGAGACGGAGUAUGACGAGGAGGAGGAGGAAGUGGUCACUAUGGAGCCCACUACUACGACUGUUAGCACGACCACUGAGAGCACCACAGAGCAGACCACAGUGGUGGCACAGACAGAGGCACCCGUCAUCGGGAAGGAAGUGAACAACGAGGUGGGGCUGGGCCCCGUCCCCGGAGACGACUUUGAGAUCCGCGACAACAACAGUCGCCCGGACAACGAGCUGGGCGCGGGCCGCGAGGUGCCCGAGACGGCGCCCGAGGUGCCUGACCUGACGGGCAACACUGUGGACCGCGUAGGCAGCUCAGCCGCCCAGAUGCCACAGAAGAACAUCCUGGAGAGGAAAGAAGUGCUCAUAGCGGUGAUCGUGGGGGGCGUGGUGGGGGCGCUGUUCGCCGCCUUCCUGGUGAUGCUGCUGGUGUACCGCAUGAAGAAGAAGGACGAGGGCAGCUACACGCUGGAGGAGCCCAAACAGGCCACCGUCACCUACCACAAGCCAGACAAGCAGGAGGAGUUCUACGCAUAACACACACACACACACAAGGACAGACACACACACACACACACAAGGACAGACACACACACACACACACACACGUACUGACACACACACACACAUGGACAGACACACAAAUAUACAUACACUCACGCAUAGACAUGCAGACACAAAUAUGACAUGCCACAAGGCAGACAAGCAGGAGCUCUACGUAUAACACACACACACACACACACACACACACACACACACACACACACACACACACACACACACACACACACACACAGACCUACAAAUACAUGAACAGACACAAAUGAACACACACACACACAGACAGACAUGCUUCACAAGCAGGAGGAGUACUUCGCAUAACACACGCACACGUGGACCGACAUAAAAAUAUACACAUACAUGCAUACAGACACGCAUAUACACAAAGAGGAGUUUUAUGCAUAAAACACAUAGACACACAAAUGUACACACAAAUCAACAUACGAAUAUAGACACAAACACACCUUGCACACAUACACCCAAAUACAGACACAGAACAAAAUACAUACACCAUCCACGUGCAUACACAUGCAUACCAACUGAAAAGGUUUACAUAUUACUACUAAUGAGUUCUGUAAUUUAUUCUGAAAUUCCUUUUUACCGUAGCUACCUUCUUCCUCUCUUCUCCUUGCCCUGUCUCCCCCCCC